GAUAAAGAGCGUAGAAAGCGUAAAGGGAGCACACCAAGAUUUACCCUGGUUCACCACAACUUGUGGCUAAUCCAGCCUCCCGAGAGACUCUCUCGAGCUACACUACUUCCGUUAAGCUUACGGGUGCUUAACAAACCGUUACAACCUGAGAACUCGAGUCCCACGAGCCUCAAUACACUUGCUCGNUGUUAGAAUAAAUGACCAACGCUAGAGGGGGGGUGAAUAGCGUUUGAUCGUAGAAAUCGCAGGAAUAAAAAAUUAAGAGCGUGAAAGAUAAAGAGCGUAGAAAGCGUAAAGGGAGCACACCAAGAUUUACCCUGGUUCACCACAACUUGUGGCUAAUCCAGCCUCCCGAGAGACUCUCUCGAGCUACACUACUUCCGUUAAGCUUACGGGUGCUUAACAAACCGUUACAACCUGAGAACUCGAGUCCCACGAGCCUCAAUACACUUGCUCGAAGAUACCGCACUCCAAGACUUCAACCCGAAGGAAAAAUACCUUUCCUUCGUACAACCAAGGGAAACAAACUUCCCUUACUGUCUAUGAACACUAAGAACACUCAAGAACAAGGCUCUCUCAAAAGAGUGAAUAUGAGUAAACGCUGUUGCUGGGUCAACAUCGCUGUCCAAAAACUUUCUGCCAAUGCACUAUAUUUUUGGCUUAAGUUGGACAGCGCUGUAGGGAAGGCUACAUCGCUGUUCCAAAUGUUUCUGGAAACCCAACCUUGGCUCAACAGCGAUGUCUACUUCGUCGAGCCGCUCAAGGUAGCCAUCCAUCCCGUCAACUUUGCAGUGAAGCCGGUGGAGGGAGUCGGUGAUGGAGGCAAGGUUGGCCCGGGCCUGGAGUUCGGCUGGGCCAACAGCCAAACGACGCCGUGGCGCGGCAGUGGCAGUGGCAGGUCCGGCGUUGUCCGACCGCUUCUUGAAGGUCUGGGUGCUGAUCGCCCAAAUCUUCGUGGCCUUCGUGAGUGGGCCAACGGUGGUGGUAACCUUGAACUGUUCAAGGAUGUCCAUCACCACGAACGGGUACGGGAGGAGGUGAUCGUGGUCGGUGGACGCAGCAAUCGUCAUGUUGAUCAUGACAAACUUUGCCCAAUUGAUUGGGGCCGAGUGCAUGAUCGCAUGGAUGAGUUUGAGGUCCUCACCGGACAUGAUUGUGUGGCCAUGCUUCCGGGGCUUGAUGAUUCGGGACACGUUGUAGAGAAGAAGCCGGCUUUCGGGGUUUGCGGAGUGGAUGGUGGGGUGGCCCGAGGCAUGGCGGAUAAGCUCGGUUAUGCCAAGCUCAGUGAGGAUAAGGCCCUCGUUGUUGAGCACCCAGUCCUCUCCGCCAUAUUGGGAGAUGUCGUCGCCUUGGUAGGGGAGGCCGGCGAUGCGCCCAAGCUGCUCAACGGAAAGCUCUAUCGGUGUGCUCUUAACAAGAGAGUAGAGCACGUCGCCCUCACGCUAGAGGUUGGAGUAGAAGACCCGAAUCAGCGUCGGGUUGAUCUCCUUCCGAGCCCGGGAGAAGAAUGGCCAAAGGCCGGCUUGAUGAAGCUGCGCGUCGAGGUCGUCGUAGCCCUGAAGCUCCGGGAAGCGCUCCGGGACGAUCCGUGGGGGAGCCACAACCCAUUUAGAGAAGAACGUGAGAAAGCGGGUGCGCUCCUCCUCGGAAUCGAACCAGAGGUGCGACCCAUCGCCGUAGUAGAGGCAUUCCUCGGAGGAUGUCGUAGGCGCCCGGGAUUUGGACUUUGAUUUCCCGGAGGUGGCAACCCUGCUCUUGUCCUUGCCCAUGGUGAUGAAGAAAUCUCAAGAAAAAAAUGGUAGAGAAGAUAAAAUAUGCAAGGAGAUUGAAGAAGAUUGAGUUUAGAUGUGAGAAGAAGGUGAGUAGGAGGCCAAAUAUAUAUAUAGGAUUAGG